UCACUUUCAGUUUGGAUUUUUGUUGUUUCUUUUUCCCGUAGCAACCUAUUUCUCCUCCCUCUGCCCCUGCCCCAUAGCAUUAUCGCGAACGAAAGACGCGACAUUUCUUCAAUCAAAACCUGGCUCUUGCCUUUUCGCUGGGGUUUCCCCUGAAUCGAUCCUAUUCCGCCGUGACGGCUGCUGAAUUUCAGGCCCCGGCCAUAACGAAGCAUCUUUUGUUUGACAUACUUUUAAAGCCCCUAACCGCCAAAUUAGCCAUGUCGACCUCGACCUACCUUUGUCACGGCUUCAGGUGGCAUCGCCCCAAUAUCCAUGUCUUCGCCCACGAACAGGACAUUGGUGACGCCGCUCUCGACUCGACCGUCGCUCCCGAAUCUUCCGCUGCGAUCAUCCGAUCUUUCUACACCGCCUUCGACUUUCUCCCCCACCGUCCCCUUGCCGCACAGGGAACUGAGCCGGCUACGACGUCGUCCCUUCCCGGUCACGGCGCGGUGAAGCUCCUCGAGGAGCACGAUUGCCGCGACUCCAUGAACGUUGGCCGGCCUUACGCCUUCGUCGCCGACCAUGCCGUCCGUGUCCAUCUCAGCGUGUCGGUCGUGGAAGAGAUGGCGCUGUACGAGGCGUGCAUGUCCGAUAAGGCGGCUGUCGAGACGAGCCGGGGCGAGGAUGUGGGGUGGUUCGAGAAACUGCGGGACAAGUUACAGCCAGACGAAGAUAUUCGGUGGUACGUCAUCGUCUGUCGUGAAGAAGAGGGCAAGCUGCGAGAGGACCGUGGCUUUGGGGAUGCCCAGGGCGACGGUGGGGUGAAGAGGGGAGACCUCUCCGUUGAAUCGCCCCCGGACCACACGCCGGAGGAGACCGGACGAAAAGUUUCUCGGGGACAGCCGGAGGCGGACCAAACACAGAUGCAGGCCGAGAAAGGGGAUGGCCAAGACGCCGUUGGGGAGACGACUUCAACACAGCCCAAAAGCGGGACAGCCGCGGAAGACGCAGGGCGACAAGUUCGUCCCGCCAGGGAGAGGAGCAUGAGCGCGUCGAGACCGUCAGCCGGUGGGUGCUCGUACUCGCCGUUUCCUCGACCCGUACUACCUCCGACGAUCACACCUCGACCUGCCACGAGGAAUGGGAAUCUGCUGAAGCCGUAUCCUGAGAUUGGGUCGAUUUCGAUAACACCUGCUCCUCCACCGCCCGCCAAUUUUGCUCACAAAAGCCGGAGCCUAAGGAGGUUGUUUGGGAGGAAAAAAACCAGCGGAAAAAUUGAUAUGAGCGCAGAGCCUCUCUCGCGAUGGAGGACAGGGAAUUACGGCUUAUUAUGGUCGGCCGAGGUAGAGUACAGUGAGCGUCAAGCUUCCGUUCUUUAGUUGCUGGUUCAUCGCAUUCGAAGCCAGUGGUCUUUUCUUCUUCUUUUUCUUUUUCUCAUUCUCAUCCAUGUUCUGUUAAGUAUAUAGACAGGACGCAAAGUCCAUUUUCUACAAAGCAUAUAGAUAUAGGUCGGCAAGGUCAGGCAUCCAUCUUGGGAAGAAGCGUCAAUUGCUGUUAGGCGUACUUUAACGGCCUCUUUAUCGUGGUAUUCCCAGUUGCUGUCAGAGAAAACAAGUUAAAAAAAUUAGUCAAAAAAAUAGUUAAAAAAUCAAAAAUUUACCACUAAUAAACCAGAACUGACAGACUGCUGCCUGCUCAACUGGAGGAGAGGAGACU